CGUCACACACAAACAUUGCUGCUGAUCAGGAAACUAAACGCUUUCAUUUUGCACCGUCUCACUUCUCUUGUGCUCUCACGGAAAUAACUUCUUCAAAAGACUUUCAGUAUGGUUAAAGUAUCUUUUAACAAGGCUCUCGCCCUAAAGGAUCCAAAGAAGGAAACUCUCAUUCCUGAUGUACAGGAUCCUGAGGCAGCGGUGUCGGUGCGUCAGCAGUCUAAGGUGUGGUGCUGGUGCUUCUGUCUGGGAUUGGCUCUCGUGCUCUCUGGCGUAGUGGUGGCAGGAGCCUACAUGUAUAGAUACUAUAUGUUACAGAAACCUGAUAAUGUGAGCUUUUUCGAAGACGAUGAGGUGGAGCUCAUCAAAGUACCAGUGGCUGAGUUCAGAGACAGUGAUCCAGCUGGCAUCCUGAAUGACUACAACAUGGACGACGAGGUGUUUGUCUGUGGGAUGAAGUACUAUGAGGACGACUAUGUGUUUGAUGAGGAGGUGGAGGUGGAGGUGGAUGUAGAAAUACCGCUGAGGCUGAUUGAAGAGAAUGUGUUCUUUUUUGAAGACGAUGAGGUGGAGCUCAUCAACGUACCAGUGCCUGAGUUCAAGGACAGCGAUCCAGCUAGCAUCCUGCAUGACUUCAAAAUGAUGCUGACUGCUUAUCUCGACAUGACUCUGAACAAAUGCUACAUCAUCGCCCUGAACACCUCUGUCGUCAUGCCACCCCGAAAUUUCCGUGAGUUCGUGGCCAACACCGAGGCAAAAAUGUAUCUUCCUCAGACGUACCUGAUGCAUGUACAGAUGAUGGUGACAGAGAAGCUGGACAGCACCAGUGAUCUGGGCUAUUACAUCAAUAAACUGUGCAGCAACAAAGACACGUACAGACUGCAGCGCAAAGACACCAUACUGGGUAUGCAGAAGCGCGAGGCCCUGAACUGCCACAAGAUCCGCCAUUUUGAAAACAAGUUUGUGGUGGAGACUUUGAUCUGCGAGCCAUGAAGAACAAGCAUCACGCAUGGGUGUCUCUGACACAGAAGCAGAUCUUCAACACUUUCUUUUGUUUUUCAGCUUUUCAUAGGCCUUCAUGUCUAAAAUGUGAAAUUGUCUUUUCUGCACAAUGAGGGUUUUUUUUAUUAUUAUAUUUGUCUUAUGCUAUUUUAUGAAUAAUAGACUAAAUAAAAAGUAGCAAUGUGCACAAGAACAAAAAGGGAUUAACAAUGGCGUUUAAUCUGAUCAGCAUUAAGAAAGCAAGUAAUUUAAUAAUUUAUUCCCUUGAGUUUGCUGAAAAAGUUUGAGGGUUUUUUUGUAUCUUUAAAUACAAAAAUGUUUGUUGUUGGUUUUUUUUUGUUUUUUUACAUUUGCAACAUCUACUGUAUGUAACCUUGAUACUGUUCAAAGGUUUCAGUAAAUUAGUGCAUAAUCAGGAUCAUCACUAUGUUGCAGUGCUAAAAUGCAAGGUUUAAACCUAAUCCCAGACUAAAAUGCAUGUUUGAGCUAUUUUAACUGAAAGCAACUUGCACUGACAUAUCUUAAAAUGCCAAUGCCAUUUUUUUGUCUCAACAUGCACAUCAGUAAUGUGUUUUUUUCCUUUUUCCUAAGGCAUGUUUAUAAAAGCUACUUCAAUCUCCUAAUUGUACUAUGGCCUAAUCCUGACUUAAUCUUAGCCCGGUUUAUGAAACCAGGCCAUAUUGUCACAAUUUGAGGUAUUCUUAAAUUUGCACUUUAUUUUAACUAUAAAUGAUUUUUUUUUUUUUUUUUUUAUGGGAUCAGUAACCAUACAUACAGAACACUUUCAGUCAAAUAUAUGAAUAUAGAACUUAUAAAUGUCUAAAUUUAAUUACCAUAAAUGUUCCAAUUUGAAAUUUUGUUCUUUACUAAUUUGUAUAUAAGCCAUCAUUAAAUAAGAUCAUGAACUUUACACUUUUCUGUCUUCAGUUUCUGUCUACACUUUUCUGUCUUCAAGCUUAUGAACUCUUAAGAAACAAUAAAUAAACAGAAAAAUCUUA